GUCUGAUUCAUGGCAGCUGGUCCAGUCCGAGUGUCUCCCGUCCUCCAUAAACAAUGCAGGCUGCUCCCCCUUCCAGUUUCAUGAAUCCACAAUCUACAGUCCAGUGAACAGCUCAACAUGGACACGGGUCACGGUCCAGCUGCCAGACCACGUCUCCUCAGGAGCUACCCAGUUCCGCUGGAUUCAGAAGGAAGGAACGGGAGAGAGGCAUAGCUGGGGAGUGGAUAAUGUUUACAUCGGAGAGGCAUGCCCAGGGCUCUGUAGUGGCCAUGGAUACUGCACAAGUGGAUUGGUCUGCAUCUGUGAUGAGGGAUACCACGGUGAUGACUGCUCCCUCUCAAGCACAGAGCUGCCAAGCUCCAUCAAAGAUAACUUUGAAUCUGGUGCGGUGUCUCCAGAGAGUUGGCAGCUUAUCGACGGCGGUGGAGUGGGCAGCGGCUGUGGGCAGCUGUCCCCUCAUGCUCACGGAGACUCGCUCUACUUUAGUGGCUGUAAGCUGAGGCAGGCAGUUACCAAACCGCUGGACCUCACUAGAGCCAGUAAGAUCAUGUUUGUGCUGCAAAUCGGCAGCGUGGCACAAACAGACAGCUGCAACGUAGCGCUGGAUCAGGCCGACACAAUGGACCGGGCCGUGCUGCUGCAGUACAGUGUCAACAAUGGAGUCAGCUGGCAUGUUAUUGCCCAGCAUCAGCCCAAAGACUUCAUAAAAGCCCAGAGAGUUUCCUACAACAUUCCACUGUGA